UGUCUUGACAAACUGGUGCCCUCACAUCCGAGGAGGAAAAUAGCCAUGCUUGCCAAAGCGAGACACCGACCAGCCGGUCCCCUCACUCCCUCACCCCAUCGGAAGUGUUAAAACAGAUGCCCUUCAGUCCUGAGCGACUUCGUCACACCUGCAUGAGGUCACGAGCGGUCACUCGUGCCGAGGGGCAGAUCGAAGGUGAGGCGAGUUCUGAGUGAAGGAAGCAGGGCCGAGCCGAGGCCAAGGAGAGGCUGGGCUCUGUCCUGCCUCCCGACACAGAGGAUUGUGCAACAUCCUUCAUCUCAUCUGAAAUGACUGCAACCCAUUGCCACUGUUGUUCGGAAUGUCUCCAGAGACAGUUCCUCACCUGUUUCCUUACAAACCCACACUGUGGCAGCCUCAUUAAUGCAGAUGGCCAUGCUGAAGUGUGGACAGAUUGGAAUGAUAUGUCCAAGUUUUUCCAGUAUGGAUGGAGAUGCACCACUAAUGAAGAUGCCUAUUCUAACCGUACCCUGAUGGGAAACUGGAACCAGGAAAGAUAUGACCUAAAGAAUAUCAUGCAGCCCAAACCCUUGCCUUCCCAGUUUGGACACUACUUUGAAACAACAUAUGAUACAAGCUACAACAACAAAAUGCCACUUUCAACCCAUAGGUUUAAGCGAGAGCCUCACUGGUUCCCAGGACAUCAACCUGAGCUGGUUCCUCCUCCAUACAAAUGCACGGAAAAGUCGACUUACAUGAGUAGCUAUUCAAAGCCUCAAAUUGAGCGUCACCCUCUGUGUGUGUGGAAUCCUAGUAACUGCCAAUUUCAGAGUCCAUGAUUCUAAGAAAGAAUAAGAAGGUUCAUUUGUCCAGUGUAGAAUGUAGGAAGGAGCACGUUCUAAGCACAGCUAAGUUUAGCUGACUGUAGCACAGUUUUACUCUCUGAAUAAAUGAAGCACAAAAAAUA